GCCCCGCGGGGCCCGGCGCGCCGGCCCGGGAGGAACGCGGAGUCGGGAGCGCCCGGCGCCGCACACGCCGCCGCUGCCCCGGAGCCGAGGGGAGGGAGCCGGUGGGAGAAGCCGGGCGGGUGGCGCCGGGCCACCUACAGAGCGCUCCUGGCUCCCGCCCGUCUGCGAAGCCGGCCCGGGCUGCGGCACCGCAGCGGCCUGCGGAGGACCAGCUGUUUCAAUGGUGCAGUUCUCUUCCUCGCCUUUUGGUUACCAGUCACCUUCGGGCCACUCGGAGGAGGGAAGGGAGGAGACUAUGAAGUCAGCCAAGCCCCAAGCGAACCACAGCCUUGGGGACAGCCAGCGCGCUCUGAGCCCCUUGCAGUCUCCUCUCCGGUCCGUGGCCUCUCCUUCUCAAGCCUAUGAGACCUACAUUGAUAAUGGACUCAUAUGCCUUAAACACAAAAUUAGAAACAUCGAGAAAAAGAAGCUCAAAUUGGAAGAUUACAAGGAUCGCCUGAAAAAUGGAGAGCAACUUAAUCCAGACCAAUUGGAAGCAGUUGAGAAAUAUGAAGAAGUGCUGCAUAACUUAGAAUUUGCCAAGGAGCUUCAGAAAACCUUCUCAGGACUGAGCCAAGAUCUCCUUAAAGCCCAGAAGAAGGCCCAGCGAAGGGAGCACAUGCUAAAACUUGAGGCUGAGAAGAAAAAACUCUGCACUGUCCUCCAGGUUCAGUAUGUAUUACAGAACUUGACACAGGAACAUGUACAGAAGGACUUGAAGGAGGGCUUGAAUGGUGCAGUGUAUUUGCCUUUAAAAGAACUUGACUACCUCAUUAAAUUUUCGAAACUGACCUGCCCUGAAAGAAAUGAAAGUCUGAGUGUUGAAGACCAGAUGGAGAAGUCAUCCUUGUAUUUUUGGGACCUUUUGGAAGGUAGUGAGAAAGCAGUGGUAGGAACAACAUACAAACAUGUGAAAGAUCUACUGUCUAAAUUGCUGAACUCAGGCUAUUUUGAAAGUAUCCCAGUUCCAAAAAAUGCUCAGGAAAAAAAAGUAUCACUGGAGGAAGAAAUAAAAUUAGAGAAGAGAAAACAGUUAUUGAAGACUGAAUCUGUCAGAGAGUCAGAGUCUCUUAUGGAAUUUACACAGCCAGAGAUACAACCACAAGAGUUUCUUAACAGACGCUACAAAGCAGAAGUAGAUUAUUCAAGCAAGCAGCAUGAAGAGCAAUCUUGGGAAGCAGAUUAUGCUAGAAAACCAAAUCUCCCCAAAUGUUGGGAUAAGCUUACUGAACCAGCUGGUGAGGAGAAGAAACAGGAAUCCUUCCUGUCCUGGGAGCCCUCUGUUAAGCAGCAGGAGCUGGCAAGGCCUGUGGUUUCCUCCGGACAGAGGAAGCAAGAGAUGGCCAAGCCCAGGCCCUCUCUGCAGGAAGAACAGAAGCAGCAGGAUGUCUCUAAACCCAAGCUAACCCCUGGCCAGUGGAAGCAAGAAACUCCCAAACCCAAAGCAGGAUACGUUCAAGAGGAACAAAAGAAGCAGGAGACACCAAAGCCCUGGCCAGUUCAACUGCAGAAAGAACAGGAUCCAAAGAAGCAAACUGCGAAGUCUUGGACACCUUCCCUGCAGAGUGAACAGGACCUCAGCAAGUCAUGGACCACACCCAUGUGUGAAGAACAGGAUGCAAGUCAGGCAGAGGCUCCCAAGCCCUGGGAAAACAAUGUGGAGCAUCCAAAACACCCUCUAACACCACAACCACAGAUUUCUCCCAAGUCCUGGGGGGCAGCUGCAGGAAGCCUCAUGCCAAAUGACCAGCUCCUGCCCGGGAAGUUGAAUGCAGAACCCAAAGAUGUGCCUAAGCCCAUGCAUCAGCCUGUAGGUUCUUCCUCUCCUCUUCCAAAGGAUCCAGUAUUGAGGAAAGAAAAACUGCAGGAUCUGAUGACCCAAAUUCAAGGAACCUGUAACUUUAUGCAAGAAUCUGUUCUGGAUUGUGACAAACCUUCAAGUGCAAUUUCACCCUCACAGCCGCCUUCUGUUACGCCAGGGAGCCCAGCAGCAACUCCAGAACAAAAUCUAACCAGUCAAAAUGAUUUUCUUCAAGAGUCAUUACAGGCUGCUGUUUCUCCAGUUACCAGUAGUUCAAGUGCUUGCUUGGUAACUACCGAUCAGGCUUCUUCGGGAUCUGAAACAGAGUUUAUGCCUUCAGAGACCCCUGAGGCAGCAGAUUCCCCAAGCAAACAGCCAUCUUCACUGGCUUCGCCAAACCCUCCCAGGUCAAAGGGCCCUGACCAGGACUUCCCGUCACCUCCAGCAAGUAGUGGUUCAGUAACCAUUGGCACAGCGCCCUUCCAAGCCAUGCAGACAGUAUUUAAUGUUAACGCACCUCUGCCUCCACGGAAAGAACAAGAAAUAAAAGAACCCCCCUAUUCACCUGGCUACAAUCAAAGUUUUACUACGGCAAGUACACAGACACCAUUCCAGUGCCAACUGCCAGCCAUCCACGUGGAACAAACUGUUCUUUCUCAAGAGACUGCAGCAAGUUAUCCUGAUGGAACUAUUCAAGUAAGCAAUGGUAGCCUUGCCUUUUACCCAGCACAGACGAAUGUGUUUCCCAGGCCCUCCCAACCGUUCGUCAACAGCCGGGGAUCUGUUAGAGGAUGCACUCGCAGUGGGAGAUUACUAACCAAUACGUAUCGGUCCCCAGGAGGUUAUAAAGAGGACCUCCUUCAGUUUCCAAUGGAAAUUAUAGCCAGCUACAAUUCCAAGCUAGAGAGUAUCCUGGAACACCUUAUUCCCAAAGGGAAAAUUUCCAGCAGUGUUACAAGCGUGGAGGGACAUCUGGUGGUCCUCGGGCAAAUUCAAGAGCUAAACUGCUUCCUUAUGAGAAAACUCACUGUCGCUCAUCCAACAGCAGGGUGGAGCGAUUCCUCUCAGAUGAGCAGCCCAGAGAGAGACAGCGAGACCUUUCACAGCGGCGACUCUGGACAAGGGGACUCGCGCAGCCUGACCCCCGUGGAGGUGCCCGUGCCCGUGCCCGUGCCCGCGCCCAGCCCCGCGGCCACCAUCCUGCCGGUGCACGUCUACCCGCUGCCGCAGCAGAUGCGCGUGGCCUUCUCCGCGGCCAGGACCUCCAACCUCGCCCCGGGGACCUUAGACCAGCCGAUCGUGUUCGAUCUCCUUCUGAACAACCUGGGGGAGACGUUCGAUCUCCAGCUGGGCAGGUUCACCUGCCCGGUGAACGGCACGUACGUGUUCAUCUUCCACAUGCUGAAGCUGGCCGUGAACGUGCCCCUGUACGUGAACCUCAUGAAGAACGAGGAGGUCCUGGUGUCCGCCUACGCCAACGACGGCGCCCCGGACCACGAGACGGCCAGCAACCACGCCAUUCUCCAGCUCUUCCAGGGAGACCAGAUAUGGCUGCGUUUGCACCGGGGAGCCAUUUAUGGAAGUAGCUGGAAAUACUCUACGUUUUCCGGCUACCUUCUCUAUCAAGAUUGAGAAAGUCCUUGCACAGUUGACAACGAAAGAAGGGUGUUCUGUAUUAGUGGGGAUUAAAGGAGAGGUAGUCCUUGACCUUGUGGCUAAUGGGUGUAGGGAACUGUUUUCAUUCCUAGAGGAAGGGGGAGGCCCUUGUUUUUGUUUUCCUCCCCAAAGUGGAAACUUUCAAGCUGAAUGACAAUUAGCACUCAUCUGGCACUUUAUAAAUUGUGAUGUAGCCUUGCUAGACAAAGCUGUGAAUGUAUCUUGUUUGCACUUAACCCUUAACUGUAUUAAAGUUCAGCUUACUAAACGGACUGCCUCAAGUUCAGGCAAGUUAUAAUGCCUUGUUGUGCCUCAAUAAUAAAAAAAAAAGUUACAUGCA